GAAAACCCCUACACCGAUAUUGCCCGCAACGUCAACGCGCCACGACCACGAUGGAGUCGUAUAAUCUCAAAACAGCUUCGUCUUACAUCAACAACCUGCUACUGGCGCGUGGUCUGCUACGCGAUGGCAAACCAAUUGAGUUUGCGCAUCCCUCGAGGGGAGAGGGCGGCAAGGAAGUCACAAUGGCGCAAAUCAUCAAUGUGGUGCACGACUUGAUAUUGAAGCGAGAUCGCGACCAAGAGUACCGCGAAUCCAUCGCAAACACGAUGCGCACACUCCGCUCCGACUCGACGCGCCAAACGAUCGCCCUCGAAAAGCUUCAGGCGCGCAAUGAAGAUCUUGCGCGCCAACUCUCCCUUGCUAAAGCGCAAGAACACUCGGCACGCAAGGCUCUUAAUGCAGCCGAAUCAUCAGCACGAAAAUUGCGCGUAGAGAUGCAACGACUCAAAACCACCGUCGAACAAGUGCGAACAAGCUGCACAAACGAUGUACGAAAGCGCGACAAAGAGAUACAAAGGUUGAAGGGCCACUUGACGAGCCAGCAGCGAGGCAAUAAGACGGGAUUGGUAGGCGCGAGCAUCACCAUUAAUCCUGGAAAUAUUGGUCUGGGAGGCUCCCCAUACGGUAUCCGCGAUGAUUCAUCCGACCUCAACGACCCGGAAUAUAGUUUGAAACAGGAGACGACUGAGUUCUUGACACAGCUGAGCCAGAGCUUGAGUGACGAGAACGAUAAUCUGAUUGGCCUCGUACGGAGCACACUUCUGACAUUGCGGGAACUACAAGGCAUGCCAGAUAACAGCACACAGAAUGAUACAGAAGGACUGUCAGUAAUUGGCGAAGAGGAGGAGAGUGCGCGACUGGGCAUGUCGCAGUCACUCCCUACCGAUUAUGACACUCUGGCCAAUGACAUGGACACGGUCCUGGACAACCUCAAGAAUCUACUCACGAACCCAAACUUUGUGGCCGUAGACGAAGUGGAACUGCGUGAUGAGGAAAUACACAGGUUACGAGGGGGCUGGGAGAAGAUGGAGGCCCGCUUGCGGGAAGCUUUCAUGCUAAUGGACUCCUGGCGAAAGCGCAUGACGAAGGGCGACACGAUCAAUUUGGAGGAGCUCAAGAUGGGACUCGGUCUUGGCAUUGGCCUGGAGUCGGUCAAUAGAGACGAGAUCUCAAUGCUUGAAGGAGACGAAGAAGAUGACGAGGAGGGCAGCUCCGUGUUUGACGACACAGUCGAUAACGCGGAUGAGCAGCAAGACCUUCCCUCACCCAGAGCAGACCAUGUCGCAGAGAGGACGACGGGUACCGACAUGUUCAAGCUGAAGCUGCAACCUAAUCCGUCGGCGCUACAAGAAACGAACGGCAACAAGUCACCAAGCAGAUCACCUCGAAAGGUGGCGUUUUCUGCAUCUAUCCCUAACACACCAUCACAGCUCGAGAACGAGAAUGUCGAGACGUCUGGAAUAGAUCUAGUCGAUGUAGAAAAGUGCAGCCGCCCAUCAUCGGCCGCGAAAGCACCACGGUCCGAAGAACGCGUAUCCCGAUCAACUAGUCGGGAUGUACGCGCACCACGCCAUACCAAGAAACGGCACUCCAGCCCACUUACUCAUCCCGAGGAGCGAUCGCCGAAGCUAACCGUUCAAGAUAAGCUUAGGGUUGCAGAAGCAGCCGCUAAUGCGAAGACAAUCAAGGUAGUCAGUCCGGUCAAAAAGGCGACAGAGGGUGGUAAUAUGCCGAAGGAGGACGGCCAAAAGCGCCCUCCGAGAUCACCGGUCAAAACGAGGAUUCGAGGUAGGCCGAGGAGGAAGAGCACGUUGACGCCAGAGGAGCUGGAGAAUCUAUUGUGUGGUUAGGUAGAGGGGUGAUGCAUGUACGAUGUAGAGAAAUGACAUUUUUGCUGUGGAAUCGGA